GAGUAAAACUUGGACUACUAGCGACAAAGUGAUAAAAAUAAGUGAAGUAUGGCAAGAACGGAGCCAGUGCCCCCAGCCCCACACGUCGGUAGUUUCUCUAUGGUGGACCCGGAUGACGACAUCACCGGAUUUCGUGACAGGGUGGAGCAAUUUUUUUUGCCGCCGGGACGCCGAAGGAGAAAAAAGUUGCGACGUUGAUUUCAAACCUACCAGUCGAGAUGUACAAAAACCUGAAGAAACUCAGCCAGCCGGAGCUGCCAAGUAAAAAAGAAGUUGACUGAAAUCUGGGAGAUACUGGAAAAUACUUUGAAAAGAAUUUUCAGGAAAAUUUUACAGUGAUUCACAUAAUUUAGAAUCUUCAGCUACCCAUCUGGACUUACAGGAAAUACGCGAUAGGUGUAGUCUGUGGAGGUUGUGCAAGAAAAUUAAUCAAAUAAAAUGUUUCGCAAACAUGGGAGAAAUGGUUGUCGUUCAAAUCGGGAUAGUGGUGUGGCAUCAAUCUCCAGUAUUCAGAGUGUCCAUGAUUCCUGCCGGAUGUUCUAUAAAAUUUACGAUCUCAUCGUAUGUGAGGAGAAGUACGUGAGAAUGCUGGAGAUCCUCACGUGUGACUACAAAAAGCAAUUUAUCCUUGCUAUGGAUCCCUAUCACUACUUUCCCAUUGACCUUACGUCCUUUCGUGCUCUCUGUGGGCAAGAGAGGAAGAUUUUCUUCUUCUUCGAGCAACUCCUACAGCUACAUCGGACCUUCUGUGAUCUCCUCCAUGAAUGCGAUGAUGCCGUGGAUAUUGGGAGGAUUUUCUACGAUUGGAUUGUCGAAGGGAAACUCGAUAUUUACAUGAAGCACUGGCUUCUAAAUCCCCUCAGACGAUUGGACGUUCAGCAAGAAUUUGAUGCAUUUAUGGAACAAUGUCGGGAUGAAAUAGAAAUUACAGGAGUGCAAGCUUAUUUAGCGCCGGAUAUUCACUUGAUGUACUACAAAAAGAUUCUUUCAUCUCUUUGUGAGAUUUGUGCCUCAACCGAAGACUUGGAGAGUCUUCAGACGGUUGAGCGCUCAUUGGGUGUACUUAAUACCUUCCUCGAUAGCUGCAAACUUUCCUCGAAUGCAAUGGAUAUGGAGAAUUUGGCUGCAGAUGUUGUUGCAAAUGGAAAAUGCCUCUAUCGUGGGGAAUUCGCAGCACGUGAAUAUGCAGAGGGGCUCAAGGAGAAGGUGAUCAUCUACCUUUUUGAGCGUGGUCUCAUUGUGGCAACACCGAAGAAAUGCCCCAAAAGUCACGCGGUCAAUGAUUUUUUCCACUCAUACUGUGAUCUUCGGCACAUUGAAGUGGCCCCGAUGGAAGCAUCCAUUCGGCUGAAGGACAUGACAUCGGGGAAGACGUACUACAGGUUAAAGAAGAAGCAGAGUACGUUUUGGAAGAACAAAGAUACCAGCAGUAUGGCGGAAAUUAUUCAAACUAUCUCCAUGCUGAAGGGGCAAGAAAACACAGAGACCUAUGGGAAAGAAUGGGGAGAUUCUCAGCCUCCAGUGGAGGCUAUUAACUACAAUCUUGUCCACCGGAUGCAAAUUCAAUCGUUCUCCUUGCGUCUCUACGGAUACUCACCUCAAUCAACACCGUCGUACAGUGAGAAAAAUCCAACGUAUGUGGAAGUCCACAAUGUUGCUGUAAUUGAGAAAUUCAUGUUACAGCAUCCCGUUCGAAUGAAAGAACUUUCACAAAGGAUGCGGGAGAAAAUGGAGCAAUUUGUGCGAAUUCAAGCCAUUGAUAGGGAACGUUAUGGGGAUUGGCAACAGCCCGGUGGCUGUGUGGAAAAUGACUGUGAUUCUGGAUCCGAUUCUAGUUUCGAGAUCUAAAAGUUAAAAAAAAAAGCUGCGAUAGUUGAAAGGAAAUUUUCAUUUAUUUUUUUUUUGGAGUGAUUUAUGGCUCUAUUUGCAUGAUCACCAUUGUGUGGAAAGAGCUCCUUUUUGCUAUUGAAGCAAUUUUCUCUGUAAUUAUGGCCUAAAGAAAUUUAAUUCUUCCCUCAAUUCGUGGAUAAAUGGGACUCAUCUUUCGUACAAAUGUCUCAAGAGCUGUGGCGUCAUCAAAUGGAAGGCUCCGUCCAGAAGAAUUCUGGGAAAUGAUAAGAAAAUCAAAGUUUUGGACAAAAAUAAAUGAAAAAAUCAAGAGAUAAAAACCUGGAAUUGAGUGAAGCCAUCUCCGCCCUUCCUGAGGAAUUCCGGAAUGAUAAUUUGGUACCAUUUGUGUGGCAUGAGAGGCUCAUAAUGGGGCACUUUGCAUGUGGAACAGAGAAUUUCAACUAAAGUGACUCUAUCGCCGGAAUUGUGGGAUAAAUCGUAAACAAUCCGAAGACCAGACACCUGGAGGAACUUCCCAUAUCCCCGGAUUCUAUUGUAGCCAUUCACGGAAUAUUCUAGGGCAUCCCUAACGGUGCUUCCGGACACAUUGACAACGACAAAAGUGUUCUCGUAGGGAAGAAUUGUUUUAACAUUGAAGACCUUCACUGGUCCAGCUUCAACGGAAUUCCUGAUGCUGCCACUUUGCAGGAGAACACCCACAACGUCUGACCACGAAUUAUUGCUGUGGCUAAAGUGUUGUGAUGCAAUGUAAGCAUCCAGGAUGGCAUCAGUAAUGAGAUUUCCCAUGUUGCAUUCCCCGAAUCGGCAUGAUUUGUAGUGCCCAUCGAGGUGGACGAUAGUUCUACCCACAACUGCCUCUUCCACCUCUCGCAGGGGAUGUGCAAAUGCCUCCACAAGUGCAAGAGCAUCAUCAUCCUGUUGGCCAUCGAGGAGGAUAGUGUUCCCGGACCAUGCGGUUAGUUGUUCGGCGGCAUUGAAGCUCAAUUCUAGUUGCCCCAGAAACUUCCCGUAGCGCCCUGCUUGAACAAUAAGCGUCACAUUGCCAUCACUGUCGCUUCGCACGGCAUGUGGGUAGCCACUGAGGAUACUCUCCCCACUGAGGUGCCCAUUGUGCAGGAGUGUGUGUGAAUGACCACCCACAAUUAGGGUGAUUCCGGGACAUUUUCGUGCAACUUCGAGAUCCUUCUCAAAACCCGAAUGUCCCAGAGCGAUGAUUAUUCCAAUGCCUGCUGCACGGAGUUUUCGUACUUCCUGUGACACGGCGGACACUUCAUCCAGGAAGAUUACCUCACUGUGAGUUUGGGAUGCCGUUGUGGGUGUCACGUAGCCCACAAGACCUAUUUUGUGACCGGAAAUCUCAAAAAUAAUUGAAGAUUUCACACGACGCAUCCCUGAAUCCAAUGGGAGGUCAGCAACGUCCAAAUUCGUCACGACAAUUGGGAAAUUGGCUUGAUUGAGAAAGGAUGAGAGGGGUGGAGUCCCAAAGUCGAAUUCAUGAUUGCCCAGAGUCUGAUAAAAAAAAAAUGUCGAAAUUUUAUUAAAUUAAUUAAAUAUUCCAGCUAAAUAAAUUAUUUUCAAAAUUUUUAA